AGAGCCCCGCGCCGCUCCCGCGCCGCCAAUUAUUCUCCACGGGCUGCAUCGCUCCUCGUUAAUGCCUUGCGCUCGGCGAGCAAAUUGGACAUCCUCUUGCCACCUCCAAGGGUCAUUUAGUGAAAGGCAGGCUGGAGGGGGGGAGCUGCUGGAUUCGUUUGGAUUGGGAGCAGAGAGGGGGGCACCCUCCGGAGCUGGAUUUCAGAGCGAGGCAAUUGAAGCAAAAGCUUAAGACGCGCGGGGCAGGAAUGGCACGUUUUUCCACGGCAGGUUUCCUCUGGAGACGUGCCGCGGUCGGUUCGUGCCUCCUCUGAAAGGCUCCGACAGAACCCCGUCUGGCGGCAGGCGCUGGCGGUGGGCUGUGCCGGGGAGCUCGGGAUGCUUUAUGGCACUGCGGUGCUCCCGCUGGUCCUGGGAGCAGCCCACCAGCCCAGAGCCAAACGGGCACAGCUAGGACAGCUCGGAAACCCGACGGAUUCUCUCCCCCUGCACUGUCAUUGUCAGUGGGAACAGGAAGAUUUGCCUUCACUGUAAGUGCUCCCAGGAAGAGCACAUCGUAACAGUUAUGCCUCUGGAGAUGGAGAAGACGGUCACGAAGCUCAUGUUUGACUUCCAGAGGAAUUCCACUUCUGACGACGACUCAGGCUGUGCCUUGGAGGAGUACGCGUGGGUCCCGCCCGGCCUGAAGCCCGAGCAGGUGCACCAGUACUACAGCUGCCUGCCCGAGGACAAGGUCCCCUACGUCAACAGCCCGGGAGAAAAGUCUCGCAUAAAGCAACUUCUGCAUCAGCUGCCACCGCAUGACAAUGAGGUCCGCUAUUGCAAUUCAUUGGAUGAGGAGGAGAAGAGGGAGCUCAAACUCUUCAGCAACCAAAGGAAGAGGGAAAAUUUAGGGAGAGGCAAUGUUCGGCCGUUCCCUGUAACUAUGACAGGAGCCAUCUGUGAGCAGUGCGGCGGCCAGAUCAACGGAGGGGACAUGGCCGUCUUCGCCUCGCGAGCGGGACACGGCGUUUGCUGGCACCCUCCCUGCUUCAUCUGCAGCGUCUGCAAUGAGCUGCUGGUUGACCUGAUCUACUUCUACCAAGAUGGGAAGAUCUACUGUGGCAGGCACCACGCCGAGUGCCUCAAGCCCCGCUGUGCCGCGUGCGACGAGAUCAUUUUUGCUGACGAGUGCACAGAGGCCGAAGGGCGGCACUGGCACAUGAAGCACUUCUGCUGCUUUGAGUGUGAGACGGUGCUGGGGGGGCAGCGGUACAUCAUGAAGGAUGGCAGGCCCUACUGCUGCAGCUGCUUCGAGUCCCUCUACGCUGAGUACUGCGACACCUGCGCCCAGCACAUCGGUAUCGACCAGGGCCAGAUGACAUACGAUGGCCAGCACUGGCACGCCACCGAGACCUGCUUCUGCUGUGCCCAGUGCAAGAAGUCCCUGCUGGGACGGCCCUUCCUGCCCAAGCAGGGUCAGAUCUUCUGCUCCAGGGCCUGCAGCAUUGGCGAUGACCCCAAUGGCUCCGACUCCUCCGACUCAGCUUUCCAGAGCGCGCGAGCCAAGGAGUCCCGCCGCAGCGCCAAGAUCGGCAAGAACAAGGGCAAAGGCGAGGAGGGGGCACGCAGCCCGUGCAACCAGCUGCAGGUCACCUCCAACCGUCUCUCCACCGAUGUGGACCCGCUGUCCCUGCAGAUGGAUCUGCUGAGCCUGGCCAGCCAGACACCAAGCCUCAACAGGGACCACUUGUGGAGGAGCCGGGACGAGCUCUAUCACUACGGUGGCAAGAUGGAGCAAAGUCAGUCCCAAACCCCCUUGCAGCUUCUCAGCCAGUGCAACAUAAGGACCUCCUAUAACCCCAGCCAGGUCCCAGGCUCGCAGUCAGAUUUAUGGGCAAAACAUUUCAGCAACCCAAAGAGGAGCUCCUCGCUGGCAAUGAAGAGCCAUGGCGGCAGCUUCAUCCAGGACUGCAGAGAGGACUACUACUCGGGGAGGCUUCGCUCACAGGAGAGCUACAGUGACAUGUCCAACCAGAGCUUCCCUGAAGCCAGAGGAAGUGUCAAAGUCCCCAAGUACGAGGAGGAAGAGGAAGGUGGGAUGCCAACACCGCAGUGCCGCACCCGUCACCCCAUCAAUGCCCUCAAGUUCACAGAGGACCUGACGCCCACCGAGCAGACUCCCCGGGGCUCCAUGGAGUCCCUUGCACUCAGCAAUGCAACAGGCCUCUCAGCAGAUGGUGGAGCCAAGCGCCAGGAGCAUCUCUCCAGGUUCUCCAUGCCUGACCUGAGCAAAGACUCAGGUAUGAACGUCUCGGAGAAGAUGAGCAACAUGGGAACCCUGAACUCCUCCAUGCAGUUCCGAAGCGCUGAGUCCGUCCGCAGCCUGCUGUCAGCACAGCAGUACCAGGACAUGGAGCCCACCCUGCACGACCUCGCCAGCCCCCUCGGCUACCGAGAGCGGCCACUGCCGGGGCGGAUGCACCAGAGCUUUGACUACGGCAGUGGGGUGCCCGGGGGCAACCUGGGGGUGCAGGAGGUGCCCAGACAUGCCCCCAUGAGUGAGCGCACGCGCCGGCGAACUACCCUGCGGGAUGACGACCGGCACUACCGCCCGCACCGGCCCCGGCGGUCUCGGCGUUCCCGGUCGGAUAACGCCCUGCACCUGGCCAGCGAGCAGUGCUACCGGCUGAAGGAGAGACCCUCGCUCCGAGCCAGGGACGACUACGACCCGUUCAUGCACCAGAGGAGCUGCAGAGAGACGGUGGAGCAGGGUCCCCGCAGGGACGUCUACGGCCACUGUCCCCGGACGGUGUCGGAUCUUGCCUUGCAGAACCACUUGGGCGAGAGGUGGGGGCCCUACUUCGCUGAAUACGACUGGUGCUCCACCUGCUCCUCCUCUUCGGAGUCCGACAACGAGGGCUAUUUCCUCGGGGAGCCCAUUCCCCAGCCCACCCGCCUCCGGUACGUGACCAGCGAGGAGCUCCUGCACAAGUACGGCUCGUACAGCAUGCCCAAGUCUUCCACAGUGGGUGCCAGGGGACAGUUGCACAGCCGGAAAAGACAGAAGAGCAAAAACUGUAUCAUAUCCUAAUGGCACCCUUGCCAGGCACCUUGGGAGAAUGUAAAUUAACUCACAAUCUUGCACUGUUUUAGAUCAUGUAAGUGCUUUUAUUGUAACAAAAAAAAGGCCCGAAGAGUGGGGAUUUGUAAGAAGGUUGUAGACUGGCUUCUAUAAAUAGUCAUAAUCCUGGGCACGGUGAAUAUAUUUUGCACAUCUUACUUUGGAGAAAAAAAUUUAAAAAGUUCACUUUAGCCUGUAAUAUUUACCCAGUAGUUUCUCCUCCUUCUCCCAGAUACUGCCACCCCUUUGAGCUCUGUUUGUCCAUACGUUUUGGUUGCCACUGUUGACUCUCAGCAUCAGUUUGCCAGUAGCUUUUGCUUUCCACCACGUUUUUGUUUUCCAUUAGCCAUGUUGGUAGGUGAUUUGUCUCUCAGACAGUGUGGGAACCUAAGUUAUUUCCAUGGUUGUUGUAAAUGCGAUGUAAAUGACAGUUUGGAGAAAAUAUUUUUGUAUUUUGUAAUAUCAGAGUAAUUUCUAUAUCUUAGGAGUCACUGGGAAAAUGCAUGCACGUUCAGAAUUGUUUUCAGCCAGAGCUAACCAAACAGUACUUUGGAUCCCCCUUUCCAUUUCAUCACCAAAUUCUUUAAGUAUAUCAGUGAGAAUUGAGUUGUCAUUGAUUUUUGAGGUUUAGUUUUUUUGUUUUAACUCUCUUUUCUGUUGUUUUGAUCCUGGUCAAUAAGGAGAGCAUUUUCUGAUUCAUUAGGUCUUGAUGAGGCCUCAGUGGCAUUUUGAAAUCUGCUCACGCCUGUGAUUCACAGGUAUGCUCCACCAGUCAGAUACAGGAACCCUGACAGCUGCAAAAGGGACUUUUUUUUUUUUUUAAAUUGUUGUUAUUAAACAGGAAAGAACAAAACUACCAAAUGUCUGCAACAUUGUAAAUGACCAAAGCUGGAGAAGGAAUUUCACACCUCUGUAGAGAACGCUGAAGUUACUAAACAUUGAACUAUUAUUUGGAGUAAAUAAAGUGUAAAUGGUGCAAUUGUGUGAUGUCAGCAUGACGUUGUUUUGAAUAUAGACUUGUCUUAUGGUGCUCUAGUCUCCUGGGUUAUGUUAACUGCUGUUCAUUACCAAGUGGAAGUCUCAGUAUUGCCUACUGCCUAACACAUAUGAGAACACCUGCAAACUGCUCCCUGUGGGCCCCAUCCUGUCUGGCGAGACGCCCCCACCCCUCUGGGGCCAUGUGGGGCCAGGGGGCUUGACCCCUAGGGGGGCUCAGCCUCUGCCACAGAGCCAGGACAGCCCUCACCGUGGCAGAGGGUCUAUAAAUAGGGCUCAGCUGUGUUGUAUUUAUGGUGGAUGUGAGUUUGUUCUCUGUGUGCUUUAAUCCAUUGGGGCUCUGCCAUCCCAGCAUGUCCCAGUUGCAAGCCAAUGAAAAGUUGUCUCGGUGCUUCCCAGAAAGAAGCAGGUUUGCAAAAGGGGCUCUUGGCACCCAAAGAUGCGGGUUAGCACCUGAGGGUGUUAAGAUAAGGCUGGGCUUUGAGCCACAGGAGGGCUGAGAGCUUAACUGGCUUAAUAGCCCUCCUCCCAUGUGCUGCCAGCAUCUCAGGAUGCCACUGCACCUCCAAGCCAGCCCCUGCCCUGCACCAGUGGGAAUGAGGGUCCCACUGCAGGGAUGGCACCGGCAUCCCUGGCACACAUAGGGACACCCUGAUGCCUACUCAAAGCAGCAGAUGCAGAAAAAUCUGGAAGAUGGAUGUCUCCAUACCACAGACUAUUGCUAGGAAUUUUUUUGUUGUUUGUAAAGGACAAUGUGAUAAUUAUUAUUCCUUUAAAAAGAAAAAAGAAAUUACACUUAAGUAUAUUUAAAAAAAAUGUUUUUCCAGUUGGAAUAAAUGGAAGUAUUCAUCCAAA